AUGGCGACGCCGCCCGGGCCCUCGUUGGUGCGUCAGAACUACCACCCUCAGUGUGAGGCCGCCGUCAACGACCACGUCAACCUACACUUCCACGCCGCCUACGUGUACACGUCCAUGGCCCUCUACUUCGACCAUGAAGACGGGGCCUUGAAGCACUUCAGCCAGUUCUUCCUGCAGAGGUCAAACAAGGAGAAGGAGCUCGCGGAGAAGCUGAUGCGGAUGCAGAACCUGCGCGGGGGCCGAAGCCGCCUGCGCGACAUCAGCAGUCCCGCCUGGGAAGACUGGGAGAGCGGCCUGAGGGCCCUGGAGUGCGCCUUGCACCUGGCGAAGAGGGUGAACCAGAGCCUGCUCGAUCUGCACCAGCUGGCCACCCAGAAGGGGGACGGCCACCUGUGCGGUGUCCUGGAGACGCACUACCUGCACCAACAGGUGAUGUUCAUCAAAGAGUUGGGGGACCACGUCACCAAGCUGCGCAAGAUGGGAGCCCCGGAAUCCGGCCUGGCCGAGUACCUCUUCGACAGGCUCACCCUGGGCGGCAGCAAGAACUGA